AUGGCAAUGGCUGCAAGAAAUCUGAGUACAGAGACCACCUUUGCACUACUAGGUUUCACAGACUACCCAGAACUUCAGGUUCCUCUCUUCCUUGUGUUUCUGAUCAUGUACAUCAUCACUGUGGUAGGAAACCUUGGGAUGAUAGUACUCAUCAAGGCCAACCCCAAAUUUCACACUCCUAUGUACUUUUUCCUUAGUCAUCUUUCUUUUGUUGAUUUUUGUUACUCUUCCAUUGUUACUCCCAAGCUGCUUGAAAACUUGGUCAUGGCAGAUAAAGGCAUCUUCUACUUUAGCUGCAUGCUGCAGUACUUCCUUUCUUGCACUGCUGUGGUGACGGAGUCGUUCCUGCUGGCCGUGAUGGCCUAUGACCGCUUUGUGGCCAUCUGCAAUCCUCUGCUUUAUACAGUGGUCAUGUCACAAAGGCUCUGUGCCCUGCUUGUGGCUGGAUCUUAUCUCUGGGGUAUGUUCGGCCCCUUGGUACUCCUUUGUUACGCUCUCCAUCUAAACUUUUCUGGACAUAACGUAAUCAACCACUUUUUCUGUGAAUACACAGCUCUCAUUGCUGUCUCAAGCUCUAAUACACAUAUCCCUCACCUGCUCCUUUUUGGCUUUGCCACCUUCAAUGAGGUGAGUACACUACUGAUUAUACUCACAUCCUAUGUUUUUAUUUUUGUGACUGUGCUAAAAAUCCGUUCAGCCAGUGGACGCCGUAAAGCUUUCUCCACCUGUGCCUCCCACUUGACUGCCAUCACCAUCUUUCAUGGGACCAUCCUUUCUCUCUAUUGCGUGCCCAACUCCAAGAACUCUCGGCAGACAGUCAAAGUGGCCUCCGUCUUUUACACAGUUGUCAACCCAAUGUUGAACCCUCUGAUCUACAGCCUGAGGAAUAAAGAUGUGAAGGAGGCCUUCUGGAAAUUAGUAAACACAAAAAUCGCAUUUCAUUGA